GCUGCGUUAUGUGCGCAUGCCCGAGGGUGGCGAUUGACGAAUGGACGAUCUGUCUCCGACUCGAGCGCGCGCGGUGCGGCUGACUGAAUGAUGACGGGAGGAACAUUAUUAAUACGAGAUCCGAAAUGAAGCAUGUACCAUUGCGUGACUCGCUGAUAUUGCCGCCCACCUUCGUCAAUAAUGGCAGUGAGCGGCUGAACAUCGGUGUUCUUUUUUCUACCAUGAGUGGUUCGCGGGGCUUAAGUACCGUUACAUUAUUCAUCAGUGUUGGUAGAGAAGCCACGACGCAAGACAUGGUAAUGGUUUCUUGCUGGAAAAAAACCCAGUAAUUAAAUAAUACCCGGCGUAUGAGUUGAAAGUCGUCUGGACCACAACCUGAAUAAAAGGCCCGAGUUGUUCCGCAUGUGUGUCAUUUUUUCUGUGCCACCGAUCGAGCCGUCUUCGCCUAGGCCUGAGAUUGCCGGUGUUAUAGUCUACUGCUUGGGAAUUCCAUCCGGAAGUCUGGUAGUCUAUAAGAGCAACGGAUGUACAGUGUGGUGGCUUAAACUUGACCGUGGCGUAACCCACAUCGCGGUAUACCACCAGCCGUGUUGAGCUCAGUGUGGCCGGCAGUGAACUAGGUCAGUAGACGACCCAUAACAGAAACACCGAGUACAGUUUCCGCAGAGCCCAUACAUAUCGACAAACAGGUAACGAAGUAAUAUAGAACAUAUUCGCCACCGUACUUUGAACUCGUCUUCCGACAACUAAACUGCAAACAGGACCUGGCGCCAUGGCGAACGAGGCUGAACUGUUGAAAUUCGCUGGGAAAUGGAAGCUGGAAAAGAGCGAGAAUUUUGACGAGUACCUGCGGAAGAUGGAGGUGAUGCUGCCCAUGCGGGCGGCCGCUAAGGUCAUGACGCCCACGUGCGACAUCGUCGUACAGGGAGACAGCUUUGUGAUCAAGAUGAACGUGCCCGUCAUCACGCUGCACGUGCAGAAGUUCAAGAUCAACGAGAACUUCGAGGAUCUCCUGCCCAAUGGCAACAAGCAGCUGACCCAGGUCGGAUGGGAGGAAGGCAAGAUCGUCCUACGGGAGGUGGACAAGGGGGAUCCACCUCACGUCGUCACCAGAGAGGUCAACGAGAACGGAACAGAAAUGAUCAUGACAUGUAUCAAAGGGGACGUGGUCUGUAAAAGACACUACCGGAAAAUGUAAGAUGAAGAAGAUGCGUGAGGUCUAUAGAUGUGCAUUUUACUGUGAAGUGCUAGGGCCAAACAACCGUAAUGAGCAUACAUAGUGCGUAUCGCGUGAAGGCACCGAACUCUUUUUGCCUCUCCAAAGCUUCUUAUCUCCUUUAAAGAUUCAAAGAAAGUUGUGGAAGAACCUUGCCCCAAAACUGAGCGUCAGUCCUAAAAGCCUGCCCACCGGCUCAAAAAAUGACUCACCCGCCCGCUAAUCUCAUCACACGCUUCCGUGUCUGAUGUCAGCACGGCCUGUCAGACGGACGUACCGACGUAGUUCGUCCGGCAAUGCUACAAGGUCGCUUGAUCGACCGUUAACCUUCAGCGCACGCCCGUAGAAGACGGAAACAAAAUAUUGGAUUGCCACGGACGAUUCUGAUCAAGCAAGUAUUGCCCAUCCAUCCAAACUCUAUAUCUCUAUAUGCCUGAGUACAUGUUUCUCUACUUUAAGAUGUUCCGCUCGUCGAAGCUUUAAGGGGUGAGUGCCACACAUAAUUCAAGUUCAAGUUCGCUCUAACAGCAGACUUUGCAGCGGUACUCAGCUAUGUUCAGUUCUUUUCAUUUCUAAACUGAUCAUUUGCAACAUUUAAAUUUAUGAAUCGAGCAGCUCAAAAUGUGUUACCAAAGAAAAGUUUUUAAAGCACACCGCCAAUUAAAAGUUGAUUAUAGGAAAUAAAAGUAAUGUCUUAUUUGUACGUUGUAUAAUAUAAAACCGACCAAAAAUGCAUGCGGCAUGUAUUUUUGUCACUUUGAGUAAUUGUUAGGGCUAUAAGUCGAUUAAAAAAAUGUACGGUUCCAACGUAUUUAUUUAUCAAUCCUGUGUAAUAAUAUAUAGGCCUAAGAAGCAACACUGGUUAAUUGCGAUUUCAGUGGGAAUUUGACAUGCAGUGGUGUGCUGUACAAACACUAUAAGUUACUUUUAUUGUAAUAGAAUUAUGUAUAAUGCACUUGUUGUCGGACAAAACAGUAACAUUUCAAAUUGCUACUCGGACGCUACUUCCCUAUUAGAAUUAACCUAUGAUGUGUCGAAAAUAGUGCAGAACCAAUGAAGGGUUAAUGGUGACUUCGGCAGUCUUGUGUUUUAACGAUUUCAAUUUUUCCCAAUUAAAAAAAUGUUAAAUUAAAAAGAUCACAUCUUAUGUUCACAUACAAUUCACUUUUUAACUGCGAGACAUGUUUUUUAAUAAACCAUUAUUGAAUUGAAUUAAAUUGAAGGAAUGGUGGAAAAAAUCUUCCAUUUUCGAGGAUGACAAAUGAAUUAAUUUGGUUGCAGAUUUGAUCAACACUUCACCAAAUUCAGCAGGAUUUAUUCAAUUAUUCAUAUCUGUUGGGAACUAAACCGGAUUUCCAUCAUCUAUACUACGUUGUGGGAAAAGCCAUGUUUGCCCGUGUAAAAAUAGAUUAAUUCAUGCAAGAGGUAGGGGGAAUGUUUUUCCCGUGAAGUCUGUCCUGUUUUGUGGGGAUCAUUAUGAUGAUAAAUUGCCCUGCUGUUAUGGUUUUGCCGUCUGUGUGCGAGACACGAGAUAACCUUGUUAUACGCAACCACGGUCGCUUGUCCGUGCGGGUAUGUGACGGUUGAAUGGCGUGUUACGCGCCCGCUGAGGAUAAUUACUGAUUAAGUACUGUGUCAAGUCCAAUAUCCAUAAUAUCCCCUGUAUCAACACGAAACCAUUCAGUCUCACAAUGUGGUAAAAGAUUCAUGUUUACAUGAGUGCAUGCAGCGAACUAUACCGUUUGGUUCGAGGUAUGGGAAAUUUAGAUUUGUGCGACGCAAUAAUCAUAGUUACAUGCGUCAAAAUGCAAAGGAACGGUCUAUGCAACGCAUCUAAUGCAUAAUAAAGCGAAGGUCGGAGAGGGUUUUUGAGGGCCAGUGGUUAAACCCCCCUUGCUACUUAUAUACUUGUGAAAACUAUUGCCUGUAAAAUAUAUUGUGAAGUUAAUGAGAUUUGAAUAAUGCAAAUUGUAUAUUUUAGAUAGAUUUCCGUGGUGUUGAUGUUUUGUGAUGCACUCAUUAUUGAGUAUAAACAACAAGUGUGAAACAUGACUGUGUUAUUUGUGUAUUGUAAUCUUUUUCAAGCGCACGUCGCACUAAAGGUUGUGAUUGUAGUAGCCUAUAUGUAUCAAGUCAUGAAUUCAAGAUUUAGCUUUUGGUACGAAACAAAAUUAGUCUAAAGUAUUUUAUUUGUAUCGCUUAAUGUUUAGCAAGGCCGAAAUUGCGCACUUUUUGUCUGUGUAGGUCUAUAGGGCUCUAUUUAAAAAAGAAAGUGUAUUUUGACUCGUACGGACCCUAUUCUGUAAACAUGCAUCAUAAUCAAAAUGCUUUGAGCAAUAAGCCGAUACGAAAAAUAAGAAACUUUGUUAAUUAUUUGUAUUCCUUUAAUACUGUUUUUGUUCUUAUUCCAAUUUGUCGUGAGAAUAACGAUUUUAUACUUUUCGGCAGUUUUCUUCCCGUUAAAACAUAAUACUGCACAUAACAGUAUGUAUUUCUCGUUAAUGAACCCUUGCCAGAAAUUGAAAUGGGAACACAACAAAGUUGGCUGAAGUUUUUAUAUCUGUAUAAUGUUGUGUCGAAAUGUAUGCACAAAACCAAGUUGAGUUAAACAAUUACCGAUGAAUAUAUGUGAGCUACAUAUAUUUUCUGUCAGCUGAACCACUGAACCACUUCAAUGGAACAAUACUAAGCACACCCAAAGUAAUUAUCAGCCGCAUUGCUGAUGACCGCUUCUUGGCUGAAUAGCGACAAGUUCCUGCUUAGAAAUUCCAUGAAAUUGGGCCCAGAUGUUGGAAUCACAGUUCCGUUAUACAAUCACUUUCAACACUUGCUGAUGAUAUGUCAAUAGUAACUCGCAUUUUCAGAGCAAUUCAUGAAAUCUUAAUAAAUAGGCUGAAAACCAUUUUAUAAAAAUGAUGUCUUUUUUUUUUAACCAAAAUCAAGCAAUGUGCAUUAUAAAUGUACCGAAUAUUGUGUCGUGCACUAUGACAGAGGCUGCAUUGUCUCCAUUCAUUUCUAAACUACUCUUUGUGACAGCGUGUAGCACGCUCUAGAUUAAUUGAUUAAAACAAAUGGUAAAAUAAAAUGUGCAUUUUACUCGUACCAUAUAA